GCGGACUGGGAGAGGGGGCAGAGAGAGUGAGGCGGAGGAAGAGAGGGUGAGUUUCAAUCGUAGGGAGACGAAGGAACCACCAAUCCUUGUUCUCUCUGCGGCUCACCUUUAGGAGCUAAAAAAGAAAAGAAACAAGAAAGUGAGAAGGAGCAAAAGGGGAAAAAAGGAUUUGAAAAGAACAUGAAAGAAAGAAAUCGUCAUUAAACGCACCACGAAGUUCUCUCUUUUCCCUGUCUUCCUGCAUCUCGCACCUCUCUCAAUUUAAUCUUAAAUCCACUCCAAUUUCCCCCGAGGGACGCAAUUCUCUCCUUUCCUUGAGAGACAGAAGGAGAGGGGUCCAUUCCUCCUGGCAGAGUGACACCAGGAAAUCUCUCUCUCUCUCUCUCUCUCUCUCUCUCUCUGCACCGGCUCCUCCAUCCUCUCCGCCAUGACGCUGCUGGCCUCCGAGAGGUCACUCCUCAUCCGGAACAAGUUCCGCUCAGUGCUGCAGCUGAGGAUUCAGAACCGAAGGCAGAGUGAGAUCAAUGCAGACCCUGGGUUGAAGUCUACGUGUCCACCUCAGAAGUCAGAGAAAGACCAGAGUGAAGCUCUGAGUCUAGCUGACGACGGUGCUGCGCAGAAGUUGCCCCCAAGUGGUCUGAACACUGAAACUGCACCAGAGAAGACUGUGUGUGGUGCCCAGAGGCACAAGAAGGCUCGCCAGGUGCAGGACCUCACCGACAGGAUCCAACGUCUGCCCGUUCCUGUGCAGCAACAGCACGAACACACAUUGCCUCUGGAGAACCGCUCGGCCUCCUUCCCUCUGCCCGCUGAUGUCUUCGAAGAUGACAUCUCCUCCUGCUCCUCUUCCACUUCCACCGAGCAGCAUGGUCUCCACCAAUCACCAGCCUUUUCUUCUUUACCAGGGCUCUCAGGUGACCAAUUAUUGAGGGAGUUAUCAGCUGUGGCGCCGCCCCUUAACCACAGCUCUGGUCAAUCUCAGUCUGGUUUGGCGAUGCUCGCGGCAACCGAGGGCAUCAGACAGCCGACAAGUGUUACACUGAGUGAAUCAAACUCCAUGGCAACCACUGGGAGACCAAACGGGAUGUAUGUGACCUCUCAGUCCACACCCCUGCUGCCAAAGACAGCUCGGCCUCCCAGCCCCCCUGGCUCCUCCUCCCUACCACCUUCCCUCCACUUCAACCAUCUCCCUCGCCCGCGGAAACUGCGAGACACCAAACCCAAAAUGAGGACACUUACAUAUCACCAGUACAUUCCUCCAGAUCAGAGAGGAGGGUCUGGGACGGGAGGUUCCAAACAGAAGAGCCCUACCCCGUCUUUAGACCCAGCCUAUUCCAAUCUCCUGAAGCAACAGCAGGUCAUUCUCCAGCUACAAAUCCUGCAGAACCAGCAGCAGCAGCAGCAGCAACAACAACAACAACAACAACAACAACAACAACAACAACAACAACAACAAAAGCUACAGCCACAACAAAAGCUACAGCCACAACAACUCAUGGUUGUGCCCAGUGGAGAUCGCAAUGAUCUUGGGAAGUCCUCUGGAGCUAUGCCCUUGAAUCCCCAGCCUGUUCCUGCCACAACAAAUCAAACCCCUACAAACACAAACCCUACAUCCAAACCUGAGCCUCUUCCUGCAAAUCUUGUUGAUCUAACUGUGUCUGAGUUGCGGCAGCACCUGCGAAAGCGUGGCCUCCCCGUUUCCGGCACCAAGCCUACUUUGCUGCAGCGUCUCCGCCCCUUCCAACUCCCCCACACUUGCCCCACUCCUGCUCCCUUCAGCCAGCUCGGUACCAUCGUGGAGCCCCUCACCCCCUGCCUCCCACUGCCACCAAGCCAGAGCCCCAGCUCAAGCUCCAGCUCUGGAUUAGACUCACCCAACAGGAGUCCAAACCAACAGAUGUACAACGCGGACAGGGGAAUUCCUAAUGGGAUACUCGGUGACGCUCCAAAUGGAGUUCCAAAUGGAAUUCUGAACACAGUGCUGAAUGGUUUCUCAGCAGGUGAAAAUUGUAGUCUUACCAACGCUGUCUUCCUGGCUCCUGCCAGCACAGCCUCAGGAACUCCAAGUCCCAGUCUACCCAUGUCGUCCUCUUCACCCCUGCAGUGCGGGACUUCAUGGAGAACUGAGAAUGAUCAGCAGCAGCAGGAGCUGAGUGUCGAGCUGGAGAUGAGGGAGAGGUUAAGGAGUAGGCCAAGGGACCGCUCCAAUAAAACCAGCAACAAGUCUUGUGGAGGAUCUCUUCAUCCUUUCCUGCAACAGGAUACUGGAUCCUCGAAUGGCACGCAAGAACCAGAUGCACAGACAGAGGUGUUGUUUACACAGGUGUUUUGCUGCCAGCCCUGUGAUGUGAUUGGCCAGGAUUUUGAGCUGCCAGUGCAGAUCACAGCAAGUCCAGUUCAAACCUUGCUCGGUGUUCGCAGCUUGGAGGAAGAACUACAGGAGGCCAUUCAGAAAGCACAGAUGGACCCUCCGCAGUCCAUAGACGACAUUCUGGAUGAGCCUAUGACUUAUGUUGGCUCUGGCGGUGUCUCUGAUCAUAAAUCCUCUACCCAGUCAGUUCCCGGCCCCUCACCUCCUCCUCAAGCUGAUCAGUCCCAGUCCUCCCAGCAGCACAACAAAGAUGACAGCUUCCUGCCCUCACCUCUUUGCUCCUCUCUCCUGCUUGAACUCCCCCCAUCUCCAGCUUUAAUAAACCCCAGCCAGGUGAUUCCAGCUCCUCCCCCACCCCCCAUCUGCACCUCCCCUCUGUCGUCCACCAGGAAGUCACGAAAACGGCGAGCUCCGACACUGUUUGAUGCCGCUGACUGGCUCGAGACGAUGACGUCUGGCCUCCGCCCACUUACUCCACCGACGGCUCCGUUUGUUGAGUCAGACUUCAGUCUGGAUUCAGAUCUGAAUGUCAGUCGAGUGUUGGAUCUAAUGAUAGAGCAGUGGUGAGGACAUGUGUGUGUUUGUAUGUAAUGUAGAUGAGCAUUUUUUUUUAUUGAUAUCGUGAAUGGGGCAAAGCAUUUGCAUCCAACCGAGGGCACAAGAUUGUGAAUCACUGAAAGGCUGUCAGAGUCACCGGCUCCACGCAAUGUCGAGAGCUGGGUCCAUUGCUAGCUUUUAUGGGGCAACUAUAGCACAGCACAUGCACACCCAUACAUACACACACAUGCACUGCAGAGUGCUGUUUAUAAGACCUUGGGCUCACCCAAAACCAGCAAACAAGCAACACAUCUGUGGAUUGACACACCCCAGUGCACAAUGUUUGCUGUGCAACACAAAAGAAAACCUGGUGGCACAAUCAUUUAAACAUGCUUCCUGGUUGUGCUGCGAGAAUGUUGUUUCUGACUUAUCUCCAAAAACUGUUGUCGGAUUGGGUCGAGUGUGGCCCCUGGUGUUGAUUCAGUCAUUGAGUCCUAGCCAUUCAUAAAGCCCAUUUGGAGUGUGUUAAAGCCAGACAGAGCACACAGCUUGUGUGUGGCUCCAGACCUUAACCUCGGUGCCAGACACACAGUCGGCAUGCAGAGAGAGAAAGCUGGCAUAAGCUACAAGAAAGCCAUGUGUAUGUGCGUGCAUGUUAGUGUGUGCGUGCCAGCUCAUGAGUAAGAGCAAGCGUUCGCGUAAGCUUGUGUGCACAUGUGUUAAGUAUGUGCGUGUUCUGAAUGUCCGACUGUGACUGUGCACACAAGGCUGCUUUUGUUUGCAUGUGUCAACUGCCAAAUGCUUCCAUGUAUAUUAAUGAGCAUUCAUGCCAAAUGCACUUGUAGUUAUUUGUUCGCUUGCAAUUAGGUGUGCCUGUAUGUGUGUGUUGUGACUGAUCUAUGAGAGGAUCCGUGUGAAAGACAGAAAAGAAGCUGUGGAUUUCUUUGUCCACAUUUCAUUGUGGUCUCAUUGCCAGCAGGCAGUAACUCCAGUGUAGUUAUCCAGUGUAAUCAUUAGAAAAACCACAUUACCUUGUUCAAGUCUAUGUUCUCCAAGAGAGCAAUCAGGCAACCACCCCAAAAAUAGUCCCACAUACAAAUGCCCCAAUCAGACAAGUGAGAGUUUCCUCAUUGCUUUGCAAAAACAGGUGGUCAUUUUGUUCCCUGAUUAACCCCCAACAGUGUCUGGCCUGCUGCUCCGUGCUUACUCUGCUUCUUGCAAAGCCAGAUUUUGCACAAUUUAUAGCUUAAAUCCCCAGGCCACACCUGGUCACUGAGUUUAAAUUUAUUCCACAAAUGUAUGAUUUAAAUUGUAACAUCUUUGCUGUCUCAGAAUGACCAUUUAUAUAAGAGACAUUGCACUGUAGAUUUAGCACAUGUAAUCUGUUAACAUGUCACAUGACCAGAGGUGAGCAUGUCAGUGAAUGCUGCACAUUUACUUAAUGGUGACAGUGACGUUGCCUUUAUUUUCUGCAUGAUUUACUGGUCAUGCAGAAAUGGGUACAUUAUUUGUUUGGAUAAUACAUUUUCAGUGAGUUAUGUUCGUACUAAAUCCUACUUAACAUAAUGACAUUAAUGAAAAAAAUCUGACAGAGGUUAGCUGCCAUUAACCUCAUGUACAAGAUGAAUGUAAUUUUGAUCUCAUCUGCAUGAACUUAUUUUCUAACCUUAAUCGGCUGCAGGUCUCAUCAAUCAUUUUGGAGAGGUCUGAUUGGCUCAUUCAUAUUUAAAAGAUUCAUGUACUGUAAUUUCAUAACCAACUGGAAGUCCUUCAGCGAGACCACUUUAUUUUGAAAGAUAAGGUUUUGUUUCCUCCUCAGUCUCCAAAAUAAAGGUUAUGCUGAGUGCAAUAUCUUUUGUGAAGAGGGUACAUAAACCGACAGAUCUGAGGUCAUAUUAUGUUUAUGUGAUGUUUUUUGUAUGCAAAUAUUCAGUGUUGCUGCCAGCCAGUUCCUUGUUCUGAUAAUUUGCUGUUAUGUUAAUGCAGUUCUUGUACAGCUUUCACCACAGAGACUAUAAAAUAUGCAGUUACAUGUGGAUGGAUGGUUAUGAUAAUCAUAGCGAUCAACAAACAUGGCCUGCUGCAUGUAUGAAAAAAAAAUGAGGAAAUUGAUUGGCAGGAGAGUAAGAUGCUACCUCCUGUGACUUCCAAUGCUUUAGGGUCGACACCAGUGUUUUCCACAUUUAAUUUCCGAACACUGGUGCAGAGUUUCCUGGAACCCCCCUGAGACAGUUUGACAGGUUUGACUAAAGCUCAGGCUUAAUACUUCUGCUUAAACUGGGUUUGACUGAUCUAGUCUGGAUUUAAAGCUGGAUAGGACAGAUGUCAACCUGCCGACACUUUGGUGUUUCAGAUCAAUGACACUCUGUAGGCCACUUCUGCUGCUAUAGAUGCCUUGAAAUGUAAAAUGUUUUUGCUUUUAUUUAUUAUGUAACUUAUUUGUGGAAAAGAUAUCAAAAAUGUAUUUUAAAGCAUAAAGAAAAUUAAAGUCUUAAUAGAUUUUCUA